AUGUCACAGAAGACGAUCGAACACUUGAUUUCCUUCAGCGAUUUCCAAGAUGGUGGACCAUCACCGCCACCGAGAGGCUCGUGGCGACCGUCCUUCUUUUCGACCAUCGAUCAGUCCAUUCAUCGAGAAACCACUAUGAAUACUGUGCGCCAAUUCGUGGGAUUAUACAAGAAUUUCAAACUUGCUGAUGAUAUCCUAAAGGGAGCGCCCAAACGCAAAAAGGCAUUCAAGGCGAGUGGAAAGAAGCAAUUGAAUCACGUCCGAGGAACUGAUGGUUGGUUUCGAUCGAUGCUGGUGCUGGAGGUUCGAGCCAUAGACAAGUACUUUGAAUCCUGGGCCUUUGUGACGUUGAAUGCGAUCCUAGCAUCAGUGUUGAGCAAGUCUUUUCAAACCAAGAUGUCUCAUGAACUGAUUCAACACUGGGAUACAGUGUAUGCGUUGAUAUUGAAAACGAGUCUCGCGUUUCUCCUUGUCUUUCGUCUCAAUCGGUGUGCCAUGAGAUUUUGGGAAUCAAGAGGUUAUUGGGGAAAUUUAACGCACUGCACUAGAAAUCUUGUGAGCGGUAUUCUCAUGUACGGUUCCCACUCUCCACAACAUCGAGAUCAGGCCAUUCGGUGGGCAAGUGCCUUUUGCGUAGCUUCCAUGCACUUUAUUCGAAGUGAGCACGAUUACAACUACGAUGAACUUGCGGGCUUUCUAACUGAAUCACAGAUUAAGCGAAUGAAGGAUGCGACGCAUGCACCCUUAUUUGCAGCUAGUAUGUGUCGGUAUCAUUUGCGAAAGGCCUUUCGGAUCGAUGCUUUUACUCCACCACAAAAAGCCUAUGCCUAUGCGAUACAAAUGAAUGAGCUGGAAAAGCGAGUGGCAAGGAUGGUGGAACAGGUAUCUGGAAUGGAGAAAAUUCGAUCGACACCGCUGCCAAUCGCCUACGUUACCCACCUUCGAACCUUUCUCUUUACAUAUCUAUGUUUCUUGCCAUAUGUUUGGGUGGAUGAUUGGGGUUGGGCCACAGUCCCCAUGGUCGCUUUUUCCGCGUUUGCGUUAUUUGGAAUUGAAGGUGCAUCUAGCGAGGUGGAAAUUCCAUUCGAUCGCGAUCGACCAAAUCACUUGGCUCUUGAUGCCUAUUGCAUGAUCAUGCUAGAUUCGGUACAAGGUUUGGUGGUUCAUGAAGCCAAUCUCGAGAUGCAAUCGGCUCAAGAUGAAGAUGAUUCUUCCGAAUUCAUGCAGACAACCCCUACCAAAUUGGGUUCCCAACAAGCAUGGUUGAACCAGGCGGAUCAAGAAGAUGCGUCUUCCCAACUAAUGACGACAAUCACUGAAAAAAUGGAGAGAUCGACUUCUCAUCCAGAAAGCAUGGGUGAAGCGUCAUGUUGA